AUGUUUGCGGAUUGCAUCCAGUACACAAUUUUUAAUAGCGCUGUGAGCUACAAGUGCGGUAUGCUUAGCUUUGCAGGUGGAAUUAUAGCACUUCUUUUGGUUCCAACAGUCAUUUUUGCAGUCCUGGGCGAAUUGUUACUCGCGUGUGCAAUCGCAUUCAAAGAAAAACACCCAUCUCGUUUUGUUUAUGCGGCUGGACAAGCUGUUAACAACGUUAUUUUCGGCAUAUACGUGUGCUGCUUCAUGACAUUUCAGAGCAAGGGACUCUCCUGGCUGGGCUACAGGUCUCAUUUCCUCGAAAAUAAAAGCGGCACUGAUUGCAAGAUCUAUCGCUUCUUUUAUGGCGUCAUCUUAACCUGCAUGGCCAACAUGAGCUUCACGGACACGUAUGAGAGAGCAACCACGAUCAGAUGCAAGUGUUACGCCUCUCUCACCAAACCUAAUUACACCCACACACUGAUCGUCAUUGUCAUCAGCUCCGUCGUCCUCUCAUCUCCCAUAUACGUAGUCAGUGGUCACUGGGAGAUCGAUGGUCGCACAAUCUGCAGCGGAGACCCUGGAUGGUCUCAACUCACCGUAACAAUUUUAGCCACUCACGAUGUUGCAUUCGUCUGUGGUCUGAUGCAGUCACUCGGAACACUCUUUCUCAUCUUUUCAAUGAUUCAAGAUCUUGGAAAAAUGAGCAACACAACUGACUUCCUCCAAACUGCCGGACCUCCCGACGAAGUGCAAACCUACACUAUCGAUAUAGCCAAACUCCUUCGCAUGGCCCAGCGUGACUGCUGGACUUCGAUUGUCUACAACGGAAUCGCAUCCGUAAUUGCCUGCUUCCGCUCUAUUUGCCGCGCCAACUUUUAUUAUGCCACUCUUCGUAAUUUUGAGGACAACCACACACCAGCGGGUGUGGUAGAAGUCUACGCCUUCGAUGCUGCCGAGGAUAUUACCAAACUCAUGACAAUUACGCUAGCCGGGUUUCACUGCUGGAUAUAUUUUUAUAAUAUUCCAAGUAUGCAACUGUGGGGAACUGGAGUAAGGAGCGAGGAAAGUAGGAAUAUUUGGGUGCAAGGGCACUCGCCAGAAAACCCCACAUCCAUGAGCUUCACCAUGGCCUUCGACCAAUGUGUGCAUCAGGCAAAGAGCAACGAUUCAGCAUAUGAACGGUUGUCCACACUCAAGUAA